AUGCCAUCACAUGUGAUUUAUGUGACAGAAGGCAACAUCGGACAUGUGAUACAGGCACUGUACAACUACAUGAGGCAGCUGAUGGCGUUGCCCUUCCUACCAGCUGCACACAUACGGGAGACGUUUGCAGCGUUGAGAGACCGCGCGAACACUCCGCAGCUCGAUUCCCUCGUGACAUACAUGGAUCGUCAGUGGCUCCAGCACGUGCUGUUCAAUCCUGAAAACUGGUCCAUAUUUAGACGUUCAGUACGGACAAACAAUGAUGUCGAAGGUUGGCACCACAAGCUGAACACUACCGUUAGAUAUGGUGGCUGCUCCAUCUACGUUCUUGUACCAACCUUGAUGACUGAGGCAGAGAUCGUCGCUAUCGCAGUAGCUGCCGACGACCUGGAUCGUGAUGUCGCAACCAAAUACACCAAAUUGGAGGAAAAGAUACAAUCCCUGUGGGACAAAUACAUGGGGAAUGAAGUAUCCACACACAUUUCUUAA